GCUACUGGAAACCAAGGUUUCAAGCCUGUCUGGAAAAUGUGCGGGAGCUCUGGCUGCCUGGCUUCCACCUCUUCGAGACUGCGAAGAAUGCCUUCGACGCACUUCUGGCACUGCAAGCCCCGAAGCUCUCUCGGUCUUUCCAGGCUCAGGGCAUCAUCAUCGAUGUCUUUCUGCUGGAUGCGUGGCUCACACUCUUCGCACGCUGGUUGCCGUUCCGCCUGCUUCCGGAGGUCUUAGAAUACAUCAGGUGCCAUGGCUUCGCUGGCAUUCUCAGCCUCACUGUGGCAGUGGUGGACGCCCAUGGCGCAAGCAUCGGUGGCAUCGAGCCCGCAGAUGCUCUCCUGGAACUUUGGAAGUGCUUGCAGUGGGAGGAUCGAGAGCCUCGCCUCGAUACCUUGUUCCAGACUGCUCAAGGGCUGCGCCCACGAGCUUCGGAGCUGCUCGCCGAACGCCUUGCUGCAAACAAACUGCCGGAGCUUGCAUUCCAGCGUCGAGGACCCCGGGUGGUACAUCCUGAUUCUGGCAUUGACUUGCUCGAUGUCUUGUCGGAGCAGUCCUGGCAGAAGUGGAGGGCACAGGCCGAGGAGUUCCGCAAUGCCAGAUCCUUGGGCAAAGGCACCCCCAAGUCGACGAAAAGCUUGAGCUUCCUCGGCAUUUUCCGCUGCGGCCGCGUGCGAGCAGAAUCGGACUCGGAGGAGACUCCGCCCUCCAAGGCUGCACACACGGAGUGA